CCACACCCAGAGCCACGUGGUUUGAUCUUUUGACUGCAGAACCUGUGUUCUGUGUUUGAACAAGCGGGUGCCCAGUUAAAAGGAGCAGGGAAAGGAUAUUAUGCACAGCCCAGCGGCUGCAGACUGAACCUCUUGUCUUCAUUCUGUUGGAGGAAGGGCUAUGGACUCGCUCAAUUUCAGCAACACCCGUGUUUAGAUUUCCAGCAUCACAGAUCCGCUGUCGGAGAGAGAGAGAAUGGACAGUAACAUCUGAAGGUGUGGCAGACCGUAAGAGGCAAAGUCUAAACAUCAGGACUAUGAGAAGGAAAUGAGAAGCGGACUAGAAAGGGACCCCUCCAGGUCUGCCUAGGGUCCCCCCCCCCCCCCCCCUCUCCUCCCCAGAAUCUCUGACCUUGCCGUUGUGUGAAUGGUGCACGGAGUAUGCUGACCAGCAGCAGGAGGUGCUUGGUGUGAGUCAGUUUCAACUCAGCCUUUACCUCCUCCAGUGUUAAACCCAUUCCAGGUUGAUCCUUCCUGCUGCCACUGACUUCGAGCUCGGUACCAUGGGGAGAUGCAAUGGGCGCUGCACGUUAAUCGUACUCUGCAGUUUACAGCUGGCAGCUACUUUGGAGAGACAGAUCUUUGAUUUCCUGGGCUAUCAAUGGGUUCCUAUCCUGGCCAACUUUUUGUACAUUAUGGCAAUCAUCCUGGGUAUCUUUGGAACCAUCCAAUACAGACCCAAAUACUUAGUUAUGUAUGCAGGAUGGCUGGUGCUGUGGGUGGCCUGGAACACAUUCAUCAUUUGCUUCUAUCUAGAGGUUGGGCAGUUGUCACGGGACAGAGACUUUGUCAUGACCUUCAACACCUCACUGCAUCGCUCAUGGUGGAUGCAGAAUGGACCCGGCUGUGUGGCAACCCAAGUGACUUCUGCUGAUCAGGCUCCUGAAGACCAUCACGUUAUCACAGUAUCAGGCUGUCUCCUUGACUACCAAUACAUUGAAGUCACCAGCAGUUCCUUACAGAUCCUCCUUGCACUCUGUGGCUUUGUCUACGCUUGUUACGUCAGCAAAGUCUUUAUGGAAGAGGAAGACAGCUUUGAUUUCAUUGGAGGAUUUGAUUCCUAUGGCUACCAAGCCCCACAAAAGACCUCUCACCUACAAUUGCAGCCUCUGUACACGAUUCCAUCCAGGAACACAGGGCAGAAUAAACAGGGGACGUCCUGGUCUUAACGAGGCAGGAGCAGAGAGCGUGAGCCACUGGGAGAGUCUGCGCCAACUGUCAGAAGCAGACACUGUUCGGGGGAUUUUGUUAAACAACGAGAAUGCUCCAAGAGGCAGAUGGAAAGAGAUGGAGAGAGAGGGAGAGAGAGAGAGAGAGAGAGAAGCAGCAGAAGGAUUUGUGGGGGAAUCAGACAACAAAAGUUCAGCUGUAACGGUUGUAAAUUUCAUAGAUACUUCACUGAAACCAGAGAAUUUGCUAUUUUAUAGAGUUAGAUAGAAAGUACACUGGCACCCUCUGAUGUUCAAUGUUCAUAAUGACUGGCUGUAUUCACAAAGCAGUUCUUCCUUUGCGAGAUCUCCCUUUGAAAUGCAAGUGGCUGAGUGAGACCUGCUUCCAUGGAGAUGAGUGAGUGGAGGGAUGCAGUGUGGGAUGGUAUGGAGGAGGAGAGUGGUGUAGCAGGGGGUGGGAAUUGCAGAGUUUAUUCACUCCACGGCCUUUCCAAUCCUGGAGGUUUGAUGGGAACGUCUCUAGUUGGGAAGAGCCACUUGAGAUCUCAGCCACCUUGGUGAAAGGCCAUGAGUGGCCCAACUGAAAACCCCAAAUGCCGGAGAUCACAGCAGGUCAGGCAGCAUCCACGGAGAGAGAGCAAGCUCACAUCUCCAGUCGAGUUGACACUUCAUCAGAGGGGAAUGUGAAACCCCACAGUUGUUAGCAGAGGCACCAUUAGUCGAGGUUAACAGAGUGAGCCCACUGACAUAGACUGGAGAAGCACAUCAAUCCUACUCAGCUCCUAGAGAAGGGACACUGCCUGUGAGGGUUCUCCAGUGCUGGAAAAAAACAGGUUUGUUCUGUCUGUUGUUUGCUUUCCUGGAUGCUGGUGAUUGUGAGCUGCACUUAGAAAGACAGCGUUGAUUCAAUUGUAGAACAACCCACAUGAUUAAGUUGAGCUGUGGACCCAGUCAGUGAAUGGGAAUCCAACAGUCACAUGAAGAUGCAGUGAAUACCUGGGGGUUGCUUGCCAAUAUUGGUCUUGAAAGACCUUAAUAUGGUUGAAUAUGGGUGCUAUGUGACUGUGUGGGUGUGUGGUGUUCGAGGAAUAAAUGCAUGGUAUAUAUCCAGGCUUUAGGUUGGAUCAGAUCAAACAGAUAAAAGCCUCCACAAGAUGGAAUUGCUGAUAACUGGCUUUAGUCUGAAACAUUUUCAUUCCUGUUAAACUUUGUACUGACUGAACCGAGACCACAUCAUGCAAAUUUAUUCCCAUCGCUAAAUUGUGUAUGUCCUAUUGGUGCUGCCGAAUGGUUCCUGAGAGUUUGCAUAUCAAUAUAAUCUGGCCCUGCUUCAGAGUAAUUAUGGCACAAUGGUGAUAUUACAGAAAACGUAACCCAGUGCUCCUGAGACAUGAGCUCAAAUCCCACCUGGUGGAGUCUAAAAUGAAAAGCUUGUCUCAGUAUAGGGCUAACUGGUUCGCUAAUGAGCUGAUAUCUUUAUGGUUGGUGGUGUAAUGUGAUUAGUGGUGAUGUCAACAUUGGCGCUACUAUACAGUUUGAGAUGAAUUUUUGAUCAGUGGUGUCAGUGCCCCAUUCCUUGUUUUUUGCUGAAAUUUGUUGUUAUUGGACUCUUUUCCACAAACAAAAACAUGUUGGUGCCUCUCAAAAAAACCCACAAAACUAGCAUCAAGCGGAAAAAGUAACCUUCAGAACAAGAUAGGGUUCUGGAUUGAGGUGGACCUCAGGCUCGGUGAGCAUACUGUCUUGGUCACCACUGCCACUAUCUAAAACAGAAGGUUUCACAUUCAAAGCCAAUUACUCUUGCUGGCCUUUCUCAUCUGAGGUAAAAAGGCUUGGAUGCUGCCUGAACUGCUGUGCUUUUUCCAGCACCACUCUAAUCCAGAAUCUGGUUUCCAGCAUCUGCAGUCAUUGUUUUUACCUAUUUAUAUUCUAAUUGGCAGCUCGGGCACCAUUUAUUCUGAAUCCCACAACUUGUUCAAUGCUCAUCUCUCGUUUCAUUUUGGAGAGGGGUGGCAUUCGAAAUGAUUGCAGACAGUGGCAGGUGGGAGAGUGACCAAACUAAUUUUGUUGCCUUUUGUGUGGUGUGUUUGUUUGAGGUUUGUCUGCCCAGUGGGGGAUUGGUUGGUGGGUAGGUUUGCAAUCUCGGUAUUUUGGCUGCGCUCUGUAUCCAGUUCUUUGGGCCACUUGGUCUUUGUGCUGUUUGACAUUUCUAGACGAUUGAGGUGAGGGUGGGAGAGGGUUGCUAUUGGCCAUGGUUUGGUCAUUUAGGAGCCGAUCUGCUUACUAUAUCAGUUUCUAAGCAGUUUGGAAAUCCAGUAUCUGGUUGUUUACUGAAUAUAUUUCUCUGUUUUAGUGGAAGAGCGAUAUGACCCCUGUUGGUGUGGAGAGGUUCAUGCAUUGACCUUUAGCUAGCUUUGAUAAACCAGAGUUUUAAUGCUGAUCAAAUUGAAGCUGCUCUCUUUCCCCCCUUCCACCUACUUCCCAAAUGGAAGCGAAGCUGGUUAAUGAAAGAAACAAAAAGACGGAUCUUGAUCCUCCUUUGUAUUGAGGCAAUAUUUGGCUGAAC